UGAUCGCAGUUCCCUUUGCCUUUUCUUUAAGGAUAAACAACACCAAAAAAAAAGAUAUAUUCCAAUUUUUUUUAUUUAUUUCAUUAAUCAUAAUAUAACCUAGCUUUUUUUGUUUAUUUACUUUUAAUAUCUACAUUAUCAAAAUGACGACUAUAAAAGUACGAGAUGAACAAGAAAUUAUAAAUAAGCUAGUUUUAUAUAUAGAGAAAAUAUCAAAUGAUGCUAUAAACACGAGAGGAAAAUUUUACGUCGGACUAUCAGGGGGCUCGACAGUAAAAUAUCUCUCGGAAAGUCUGCCCAGAGUGGAUACAGACUGGUCGAAAUGGGUGCUAGCGUUUUGCGAUGAGAGAGUAGUUGGUGAAGAUAGUGAUGAUUCCACAUUUGGCACAUAUAAACGGCAGCUGUUACCGAAGACAGGACUGAAGGCUGCUCAGUUUAUAGUCAUGAAGCAGGGUAUUACAGCACAAGAAGCAGCUGUGGACUACGCAGAACAGUUGAGAACAGCGUUUAGUGGUGAUGACUUCAAAUUCGACCUGCUGUUACUAGGCAUGGGCCCUGAUGGACACACCUGCUCUCUGUUCCCUGGUCAUCCACUCCUCAACGAAGUCAGGUUACCAGUGGCAGCUAUAACAGAUUCUCCAAAAGAACCACCUGAGAGGAUCACACUUACAUUUCCGGUUGUGAAUAAUGCUAGGAAUUGUAUUUUUACUAUAGGCGGUGCUGGAAAGGCUGAUAUGGUUAAGCGCAUAUUAAAAGACAAGGAAGACCUACCUGCUGGAAGAGUGAAACCCACGAGUGGUUCCGUCUACUGGAUUGUUGAUGACGCGGCGGCUGCAUAUUUAUAACUUGUUUUAACACUUUAACUGCUGAGAGGAACCCUAAAAAACGUAGAUUCAAACUUAGCGAGGACUGUAAGCAGUCGUCUGUGAGGUACCACCAGAGGACUUUUAAAAUGAUGACAAUGUAAUAUAUAUUCAAUUCAAAUCAAAAUAUCUUUAUUUAUG